AGACCAAUGACGAGUGAAUUAAGGCUCUCGGUCUAAAGAAAAGUAGCCUGCGAGAGGCUCUCUGAGGAAAGAGAGCCUGCAAGGAUCCCUAUGAUGAUUGCGUGCCGCCCUUCAAUUAUGAUGUCACAGGUAAAUUAAUAACAACCAAUCAGCGCAGACCGAAAUACACUACGAUAUUGUAAACAUAAACCGAUUCGUUAAUAGUUCCGUAUACAGACCGCCACUGUGGCAUACUAAAAAAGUUAAAACGGCUCGAGGUUUUACAGUGUAAUAUAUGAAGUUGUACUUUUUAUUACAAUCUGCAUGUGGUUCUCCUGUAGGCACAGUAAGUUUAAAGUUGUAUAUUACCCGCUAACAAAUUUAGUUAUUUGGAAUUGCUUCGUGCUGCAAUAUAUAAUAUAUACUGUAUACAGUCUAUAUAUAUAUAUAUAGUAAUAAUAUAACUUACUGAAAUUUAUGGCUUGGUGAGACAUGGACAUAUAGGAUAUACCAUGGACAUUGGACAUAAUUUAGUAAUAUGUUUAUAGUUGAAAUUUUGCAACAAAAAGUGGAAUUGCAGUAAACAUGCAUGUGCUAAUUAUUGUAAACAAAGUGACGAGUAAAUUACUGUACAUUUUAACGCCGCAUACUUAUAAAUAUUAAAUAGUCAGUAUAACAUUGUAAAACAAGCUUAAUACACACAAUAUGCACUGAAUAUUAUCAGAAUAAUUCCCAAUUUUGUUUCAUAAAAGAGAAGCGAUAUAAUGCCUUGUCCCUAGAUUUCGGUUUGCGAAGUUUGCAGUCUUUCUUAAGCAUUAUUCUUAGCCUAGGAGUCAGAGAAGCCCAGGACACAAUAAAGCAUGCAAGCUUUUAGUAUUCGUCUUUAUAUGAAUACUAUAUUAAUUUACAGUAAAAAGUCAACCAGGAUCAAAAUACAUGACACUUUUAUCUCCGCAUUGCCGCAAUUCCGAAGCUUUGCUUUGCUCGGUUUUACAAACGGGAAGUGCAAGUUUAUGGAAGCUUGUCAAUCACUUCAUAUCAAUCAGUUAUCAACGAAUCAGAGCUCUGCGUCCAAAUAUUGGACGCAUGCACGCAAUCAUCAUAGGGAUCCUUGCAGGCUCUCUUUCCCCAGAGAGCCUGCUCGAAGGCUAAAAGAAAAGUGAUCGCAAUUAUAUUCUCCCAAAAAAGAAUGCUGAACGGCAGACUAAUAAACGGAGCUCAAUAGAUCGGUGCACAAGUGAAGGAAUCCAAGUCUACAAUACUGGUAAAAUUCACUGGUUAGCGUAAUCUAUUGGAGGGCUCCCAGUAAGUGUCUACGAUAGCUUAUAUGACUUGACUGAAUCAACCGAUAAACAAUUAGCGCAAUGCUAUUACAAUUGCAUCAACCAGACAGGCCAAUUACACAUUGAAAUGGCUUCAGUCCAGAAGCAGAAUGGAUCCACCGAUUGUGGUCUAUUCGCUAUUCCAAAUUGGGUUUUAAGUAGCAAGUGGAAAUAAGUGUUCUUUCACCAGUCAGCAGUGAGAAAUCACUCGGUCGAUUGCCUGGAAAAGAAAGAAAUCUUGUCGUUCCCUCGUGCUCGAAAGACGGCUGCAGUGGCAAAAACAAUGAAAAACAAUACGUUGUGCUUGUCAAUUGCCAAAAUAUGGCGACAUGGUCCAUGCAGAGUAAUAUUUGUGACAUGCAGUGGCGCCGCCAGCUCGGUAAUUUGGGGGGGGGGGCAAUAUUCAUAUAUUCGUGUUCACAGACCAUAAAAACCAUCGAUUUCAAAAGAAGUUAAUAAUGCAGAACACGAAGAUAUGAAUAUUCUCCCCCCCCCCUCCCCCAAUUAUCGAGCUGGCGGCGCCACUGGUGACAUGUGGUACAAUUUACUAUAUGUACGAAUAUACACCGAAGUCCCAAAGAAUACGAAGGAUAGCUUUGCCAGUCAUGUACGCCGCUUUGUUAAUAUCAAUUGAACUUUGAUAUAUGUACAAGAACUUAACUUAUAAAUUUAGCUUAGCAUUUUCCUUGUAGUAUACUGUAAGAUAAAACUGCUUCAGUGCAAUAUUUAUUAAUCUAAAUGUCGCUUUAAAAAUCGUUUCGUGUUCUUCGCUUAAAGCUUAAAGUUAAAGUGAUACAGCUAUUAUGCAUUAACGCUGUCUUCUGCAAAACUGGCCAAAUUUAAUCAAACGCGAAAAAUGGAGUUUUCCUUCGGAUAUGAACGCAUCAUGUAUUCGUUGAUGCAAAUUGCGACAGCGCAUUUGCAAACGACUAUAAAUAUGAGCAGCCUGCUCAGUAAGACAUCACGUGAAGCACUACACUGGCAAAACACGUUGGUUUUACAUCUGUAAAUAUCUAUUAUCAAGUCUGUUCUAAUUGUAGUUUCGUUUCUUGUUUUGUGCCACUUUGUUUUUCUUUACUAGGCCGUCGAAUCCUUAGUCCAGCAGACAUGUGCGUCCGGUGUGGUAAUAGAGGCCACUGGAGCUCAAGCUGCACCAAGUUUGCCUCGACACGAUCCAGUCAGCUUGAACCAGGAUAUUUUCCCCAAUCGACAGCCCCGAGCAGCUCAGGGGACAGAGUCAACGUUAGCCGUUAAUCCAUUGCACGAUGUUUAUGAAGACAUAAUUCAGGUACAACUUUCCUUUAAUACCUGUGAAUAUAAGCAGCCAUCUAGCAAUACCCCGGUCGCGUCUCUAAAAGUAAAAGGGAGACUUAGAGCUCAUAUUCAAUUUUGGAAGGAUAUAAAAGCAUCAGAUUUCAUCAUUGACACUAUCCAGGAGGGAUACAAGAUACCUUUCCGCGAAUCUCCACAUCCAGCUAUUUUUUUUUAAAUAACUCUUCUGCUUUUGAUAAUUGGCAGUUUGUGUUUGAUUCUAUCACUCAAUUACUAAUUACUAACAGAAUUGUUCAGGUGGAAGGACAUGACUUAAUAGUUUGUAACCCACUUUCCGUCGCUACUCAGCCAGGUGGGAAACAGCGCUUGAUCCUCGAUUUAAGAUAUGUGAACAAUCAUGUCUACAAGCAAACUAUAAAAUUUGAAGAUUGGCGUACAGCCUUGCAGUAUUUCGAAAGCGGGUCCUUUUUCACAAAAUUUGACUUGAAAUGUGGGUACCAUCACUUGGAUACUUUUUCUGAGCAUCAGCCCUAUUUGGGCUUUAGUUGGAAGAUGAAUGGCGAGACGCCAAGUUAUUUCAUGUUCACUGUCCUGCCAUUUGGGCUGACCACAGCUCCCUAUAUAUUCACAAAACUGUUACGGCCUAUAGGUAAACAUUGGCGCUCUCAGGGGAUAAGUAAUUGGGUUUAUUUAGACGAUGGAUUUGAUAUCGAAAGAGAUAUAGAAACUUGCACAAGCAAUUCAGGCUUAAUUAGCUCGGAUCCGUGUAGGGCUGGCUUGUUAGUUAAUGACGAGAAUGCGUCUGGCAGCCCACCCAAUCUCUUACUUGGUUGGGGUUAAACCAGAAUGGGGCACAGGCACUAUUAGUGUUACUAUUAAACGCAUUGAAAAGGUUGACAAGGCCCUUCAGAACUUGGUCUCCCACCCUAAGACAUCUGCACGAAAGUUGUCUUCGGCUGUAGGAAUGAUUAUAUCUAUUGUUCCAGUUAUGGGUAGCUUAACCCGUAUUAUGACUCACCAUUGCCAAAAGUUGAUAGCUUGCUCACCUUCGUGGGAUUCUUUAUUCGACUUAGAUCGGUAUUGCAUUCUGGAAUUGGAAUUCUGGCAGAGCAACCUUAAAACUGUUAAUUGCCGCUCCUUUACCCCUAAACCAGCGGCCACCAAAACAUUCUUUUCUGAUGCUAGUCAGCUAGCUAUAGCUUCCGCUACACAUUCAGGGGAUGGGAAACUAAUAGCCCACCGCAUGUUUGCAGAAUUAGAAAGGGCUGAAAGCCCUACUUUCAGGGAAUUGGCUGCCAUAAAGUUUACCUUAGAGGCGUUUGAGCCCGCUUUACAGCAUUCUAAGGUAAAAUGGUUUACAGACAGUCAGGCAGCCGCCAAAAUCAUUCAAGUAGGGAGCAUGACAUUUAAUUUGCAUCAGAUGGCUUUUGCCGUUUUUUCCAUUUGUCUUAAAGCUCGCAUUGAGUUAGAUAUACAAUGGAUUCCCCGCUCUUUGAACGAAAAAGCUAAUUAUCUGAGCAAUAUGAUCGAUUAAGAUGAUUGGGUUAUCACGCCCCAAUUGUUUAGGUUGUUGGAGGGAAAUUUUGCCCGCAUACCGUAGACUGUUUUGAUGACUAUAACAAUUGCAAAGUGCAAAAAUUCUAUUCAAGAUUUUGGAUCCCUGGCGCUGCGGGCAUAGAUGCAUUUUUUCACUCAUGGGGGUGGGGGGGGGGCUUUUAGUACCCCCGGUCUCUCUUGCUUCUCGGGUGUUAGUGUUUAUGCACAGUUGUAAAGCCCAAGGCACCUUUGCAGUGCUCUACUGGCCUUCUGCCCUUCUCUGGCCUCUUCCUAUUUCUCGGUUUUCUGCCUCCAUCAAGGAUUACAUUGUAUUUGUUGGUAACUCAGUUUUAAUGCAUGGCAAUAAUCGUAAGUCCCUUCUUGGUUCCAGCUCGUGGACAGGGUAUCUCACAGCUUUUCGUUUAAAUUUCUCG